AUUAAAUGAGUAGUGCUGUUACUAGAGCAGGUUAAAAGGUAUUAGAUUAAACUUUAAAGUUAGUGGAAAGAAUUUUGGGGUUAAUAAAUAACUAAGAAUACACAAUUAGAAGAUAAAAAGAGUGAAGCUUAUGAAUUAAACAAUUAUUUUUAAAUGGCUGAAAGAACAUUGAUUACAAUCAGCUAAUGUCAUUCAUGUAUUUAUGAAUAAAUAUUAUGCAGAGUUACAAAUACAAUAUAAUCAAUGUGCAAUGAUUGUUACUAAAAUAUUUGAACAUGAAAUAGGAUCCAAUAAAUUAAUUGCUAACAAUCUAGUCAAAAUGUUCUAAAAAAUAUCUGAAUUACAUGGAGAAAAGGUUACACCCAUUUAUUAAUUAAAACUUGAAUUAAAACCAUGGUUUGAUACAAUAGAAUAGAUUAAAAUAUUGUUGGAAAGAUAUUAGGAGGAUAGAUUAAUUUAUGAUCAUUAUAAAUUGAAAAUGAAAGAUUUGUAAAAUAGCAAGGAUUCUGAAAAGAUAAAUAGAGUAUACAUUAUUAAUUAAAAUAGAACGAAAGAAAAUUAGAAAAGGCUACAACUGCUUAUUAAAAUAUUUGUAUAGACAUGAUAGGUAAAAUGGAAAAUAUUAUAUCAAAUAAAAUUAGGGUGAUGAAUGUUGUAUUAUCCUCAAUUAUAAAUAUAGAACAUGAUGUUUCUACAUAAGAAAGUAAACGAUUCAGUGAAUGUUUGGAUUAUGAUAAAGAAUUUUCAGAUGGAAAUGUUACUAAAUAAGUUUAAGUAGAACCUUAAGAAUAAUAAAAUAAUUUUAUUAACAAAACUAGAAAACUAUUGAAUUAACAACCUGCUGUAUAAAAUAAAUUAAAUUAACAAUAGAAUCAAAUUAAAUAACCAUAAUUUGGAGAAACUCCUACACCUAAUCCAGACUCUGAUCCAUUUGAAGAAUUUAAUAGAGUAUCCCUUAAAUUCGCUAGAGAAUUUAACAAUGAUUCUGAAUCUCCAGCAUUGUGCAAAGAUUCUAGACUUUCUAAAUAAAAUCAAGAAUAAUAAUCGAUGACUUCAAUUUAAUAAUAAUAAGAAUAACAUUAUUAGAGUGUUAAAAAUUAAAGAAAGUAGUUAGAAUAAUCAGGUUUUUAAUAAUAAAAUUAAUAUGAUUUUAAUUAAGCAUUUUCAAAUCCUUUUGCAAAUUCAUAAUAACAAUAACCAGAAUAAUAAGAAUAAUAAUAAUAAUAACAAUAAUAAUAAUAAUAAUAAUAAUAAUAAUAAUAAUAAUAAUAAUAAUAAUAAUAAUAAUAAUAAUAAUAAUAAUAACACUAAUAACAAUAAUAAUAGCAAUAAUAAUAAUAAUAAUCACCAUAAUAACAAUAAUCACAAUAAUACUUAUAAUAAUAAUAAUAAUAGCAAUAAUAUUAAUAAUAAUAAAAAUAACAACAAUAAUAAUAACCAUAACAUCAAUAAGAUUUUAAACUUUAUUAAUCUGUGAUUGUUUAAUCUAAUACUUCUUGGAAUCCUUUUGAAAACAAUUAAAAAAAUUAAUAAUCAUUUAGAAAAGGUAUUCGAAAUCCAUUUGAUGAUGAAAUUGAUAAUACGUAUGUUUAAUAAUAGCAAAAUACUUAAUUAUAAACUCCAUCAUAAAUUUUAUCAUAAAGAUCAAACAAUCCAUUUAUGAAUGAAAAUAAUCAAUAGCCUGCGGCAAGAAUGUUUUAGACUUAUUAACCAAGCAACCCCUUUGCUGAGUAGUAGAAGUAGACAAAUUAAAAUAUGUCAAAGAAUCCUUUCAUUUGA